AUGACCGUCGGGGUCAAGGUGCGUCAAGGGAAAAUGCAGGUUGGUGAUAACGGCGUUGAACCGUUGAAACUUGCCAUCGAAGCCGCCGAAUGCGCAGAGACACCUAUCAUGUGUCAUAUCGGUGCCGGCGUGCCGCUCCCUGAUAUUUUGCGGUUACUCCGUCCGGGCGAUGUUAUUACCCACUGCUUCCAAGGCAACGGUGAUAAUAUUAUUGACGAGAAGGGCAGAGUGAUUCCUGAAGCGUGGAAGGCUCGCGAAGAUGGCAUUAUCUUUGAUGUCGGGCACGGUGCGGGUAGUUUCCGUUAUGAGAUCGCACAACGCGCCAUGGAACAGGGUUUCAUCUCCGAUGUUAUCAGUACCGAUCUCCACACAGGCAACAUCAACGGACCCGUCUACGAUUUACCGACGGUGCUGUCGAAGUUGAUGCACCUGGGACUCUCGCUUGAGGAGGUGAUUGAGAAGGCGACUAUUAGCGCGGCGAAGGCUAUCCAACGUGAGGAACAACUCGGUCAUCUGAAAGUUGGGACCGUUGCGGAUGUCGCUGUCUUUGAAGUACUGGACGGUGAAUUUGAAUUCUUUGACACACACGACACAAAAUUUAUCGGGAAUAAAAAAUUGAAAGCGGCAUUAACGAUACGUGAAGGAAAAAUCUAA